AGAAAGUUAAUGGCUGGGGGAAAGAGAUCCUCCUCAACCCUCGCUUCGGGAGAGUUUCUGGAUUCCCUGAAGUAAAAUCAGGCUGAUAUCCCUACAGAAAGCGCCUGGACGGACGUUUAAGUGAACAACUAGCUCGUUAACACGCGUAUCGUGAACACAAGAAUGCAGGAUGCAGUAGCCGGGACGGCAAUGCUGACGGACGGCUUCGAGGACGAGAUUGACUCGGUGACUCCUCGCUCCCCAGUGGCAGGGAUGGGGGUAGGAGCGACACCAGGAGGAGUCGGACUAGGGGGCAUUGGGAUUGGUGUAGGUGGAAAGAAAGUACGUUUAUACGGCGAGCCAGGUGGGCCUGCAGCAGAAAGACUGGAUUUCAAACUGGCGGCCGCGGCCGUCCUCUCCUCUGGUCCGGGAUCCGGCAGCGACGAAGACGAGGUUUCAGAGGUGGAGUCAUUCAUUUUGGACCAGGAAGAUCUGGAUAACCCUAUUAUGAAGACGGCCUCAGAGUUGCUUUUGUCCAGCGCCACGGAUGGAGUUGAUUUGAGGACUGUUGAUCCAGAGACACAGGCCCGCCUUGAAGCUCUUCUCGAAGCUGCAGGCAUCGGUAAACUGUCCACUGCCGAUGGUAAAGCUUUUGCAGACCCCGAGGUGCUCCGCCGGCUGACGUCGUCCGUGAGCUGUGCCCUGGACGAGGCCGCAGCCGCCCUGACCCGCAUGAGAGCUGAAAACACACUCAACGCCGGCCAAGCCGACAAUCUGGUUAUUUUCAGCCGUAGUUUAGCGGAGGCGUGUUCAGACGGGGACGUCAACGCCGUGCGCAAAUUGCUUGAUGAGGGACGGAGCGUCAACGAACACACAGAGGAAGGGGAGAGCCUGCUGUGCCUCGCCUGCUCGGCCGGCUACUAUGAACUCGCACAGGUUUUGCUGGCUAUGCACGCUAACGUGGAGGACAGGGGCAUCAAGGGGGACAUAACGCCACUCAUGGCUGCUGCCAGUGGAGGAUAUGUGGACAUUGUCAAACUGCUUCUAGUGCAUGGAGCCGAUGUCAAUGCACAGUCCUCUACAGGCAACACAGCUCUGACGUACGCGUGUGCCGGCGGCUUUGUGGACGUGGUGAAGGUGCUGCUGAAAGAGGGCGCGAACAUCGAGGACCACAACGAGAACGGACACACACCCCUCAUGGAGGCAGCCAGUGCUGGCCAUGUAGAAGUAGCCAGGGUGCUCUUGGAGUAUGGCGCCGGCAUCAACACACACUCCAACGAGUUCAAAGAGAGUGCUCUCACACUUGCCUGCUACAAAGGUCACUUGGAUAUGGUGCGCUUUCUGUUGGAGGCCGGUGCAGACCAGGAACAUAAAACAGAUGAGAUGCACACAGCACUGAUGGAAGCUUGCAUGUCCCAGGACGGCCAUGUGGAGGUGGCACGGCUGCUGUUGGACAGCGGCGCGCAGGUCAACAUGCCGGCCGACUCCUUCGAGUCGCCCCUCACCCUCGCAGCUUGUGGCGGACACGUGGAGCUGGCGGCCUUGCUCAUAGAGAGAGGAGCCAACCUGGAGGAGGUCAACGAUGAGGGCUACACCCCCCUGAUGGAGGCAGCCAGAGAAGGCCACGAGGAGAUGGUAGCACUGCUGCUGGCUCAAGGUGCUAACAUCAACGCUCAAACAGAAGAGACUCAGGAGACUGCUUUGACCCUCGCGUGUUGUGGCGGAUUCUUGGAAGUGGCUGACUUCCUCAUCAAGGCGGGCGCUGACAUUGAGUUGGGCUGCUCUACCCCUCUGAUGGAGGCUGCGCAGGAAGGCCACCUGGAGUUGGUCAAAUACCUUCUAGCUGCAGGUGCGAACGUUCACGCCACAACAGCAACGGGUGACACGGCGCUGACGUACGCCUGUGAGAACGGACACACCGACGUGGCAGACGUGCUGCUGCAGGCUGGAGCCAACUUGGAGCAUGAAUCUGAAGGAGGGCGAACACCCUUAAUGAAGGCAGCGAGGGCAGGACAUCUCUGUACAGUGCAGUUUCUUAUCAGCAAAGGUGCUAAUGUGAACAGAGCUACUGCCAAUAACGAUCACACAGUGGUGUCUCUGGCCUGCGCUGGAGGACAUCUGGCUGUUGUGGAGCUGCUGCUGGCGCAUGGGGCUGAUCCUACUCACAGACUCAAAGAUGGUUCAACGAUGUUGAUAGAAGCUGCUAAGGGUGGCCACACCAAUGUGGUGUCCUACCUGUUGGACUACCCCAGCAACAUCCUGUCUGUCCCGGCCCCCGACCUUUCCCAGCUCACCCCCCCUUCACAAGAUGCCUCUCAGGUUCCUCGUGUCCCAUUCCAAGCUCUCGCCAUGGUGGUGCCCCCUCAGGAGCCCGACCGAGCCCCAUCAAACAUCGCUACACCCCCACCCGUGUCCAGCAAGGGCGUGUCCAAACAGAGACAGGCCGCCCUUCAGCCUGGUCUCUCCAGCUCCGUUGGCCGAGGGCCUGAAGCAGAGCCUUUGCCACCUUUCCACUUGUGCCAGCCUCUCGAGUGCAUUGUGGAGGAGACAGAAGGAAAGCUGAACGAGCUCGGCCAAAGAAUUAGUGCUAUUGAGAAGGCCCAGCUCCAGUCGCUAGAGCUCAUUCAGGGGGAGCCGCUCACCAAAGACAAGAUUGAGGAGCUGAAGAAGAGCCGAGAGGAGCAGGUGCAGAAAAAGAAGAAAAUCUUGAAGGAGCUUCAGAAGGUGGAGCGCCAGCUGCAGUUGAAAACACAGCAACAGUUCACCAAAGAGUACAUGGAGGCAAAGGGCUUAAAGGAAGAGCAGGAGGCCGGACAAAGCCAGGGUCCGGGCCCGGGGCCUGGGACUACGUCUGUUCCAGGGCCCCUCGCUGCGACACCAUGUGCCCAUGGUCACACUGGCUCUGACACGGACGAAGAGGCCCACAAGGACGGAGAGCAAGAGGAGCAGUCGGGAGUCGAUGGGGAGGAGGAAGAGGAAGACGUGGACGAAGAGGAGGGUUCAGAGGAUGAAGCAGACGGAGAGGAGGACGACUACCCCAAACUUCCUCAGGUGGGCACCAUCCUGUACAGGGAUGGGCCGCAGCCGCCGCAGCAGCCUCCUCUGCCCCCUUCGCCGCAGUCCCAGCCCCAGCCGCCGCCCCCGCCCCUCCAGUCCGCCUUCGUCCCCAUCCAGCCCCUGCCGGACUACAACCCGGCGGACUACCCGGGAAGCACCAGCCCGGAGCUGCAGCGGGUGCUGGUGGGGCAGCAGAUGCUGGGUCAGCCGCAGCAGGGCCAGGGCCAGCAGCUGCCCGGCUUACUCCCAGGAAUGAUACCUCAGCAGGCUCCGGAUGGGCUCAUGGUGGCGACGCCUGCACAGACGCUCACAGACACACUGGACGACAUCAUGGCAGCUGUGAGCAGUCGCGUGCCCAUGCUGAACACUACAACUUCACCCACGCCCCUCUCCCAGCCACCCACGCAGACGCCUGCAAACAUCGCAUCCCCCCCUUCAGUCCUGCCCCUCUACCCUUCUGUCGACAUAGACGCACAUACGGAGAGUAACCACGACACAGCGCUGACGCUGGCGUGUGCCGGAGGACACGAGGAGCUCGUGUCUGUCCUGAUCGCACGGGGAGCCAACAUUGAGCAUCGGGACAAAAAAGGUUUCACUCCUCUGAUCCUGGCAGCCACAGCUGGCCAUGUCGGAGUGGUUGAGGUGCUCUUGGACAAAGGCGGGGACAUUGAGGCUCAGUCGGAGAGAACCAAAGACACACCCCUCUCAUUGGCCUGCUCUGGGGGACGCCAGGAGGUUGUUGAGUUGCUGCUGUUGCGGGGAGCCAAUAAGGAACACCGUAACGUCUCCGACUACACGCCUCUCAGUUUGGCUGCUUCCGGCGGCUAUGUAAACAUCAUCAAGAUCCUCCUCAACGCUGGAGCCGAGAUUAACUCCAGGACUGGCAGUAAGCUGGGAAUCUCUCCGCUGAUGCUGGCAGCUAUGAACGGUCACGUGCCGGCAGUGAAGCUGUUGUUGGAUAUGGGCUCGGACAUCAACGCCCAGAUCGAGACCAACAGGAACACAGCUCUGACCCUCGCCUGCUUUCAAGGCCGGGCUGAGGUCGUCAGCCUGCUGCUAGACCGUAAAGCCAACGUAGAGCAUCGGGCUAAGACUGGUCUCACUCCUCUGAUGGAAGCGGCCUCCGGAGGUUAUGCAGAGGUGGGCCGAGUGCUGCUGGACAAAGGUGCCGACGUCAACGCUCCCCCUGUCCCUUCAUCCCGAGACACUGCCCUCACCAUCGCUGCCGACAAGGGCCACUACAAGUUCUGUGAGCUGCUCAUCAGCAGGGGUGCUCAUAUUGAUGUAAGGAACAAAAAAGGGAACACUCCCCUCUGGCUGGCGGCGAAUGGCGGUCACUUUGACGUGGUGCAGCUCCUGGUGCACGCGAGUGCAGAUGUGGACGCAGCCGACAACCGCAAGAUUACCCCACUCAUGGCUGCUUUUCGCAAGGGUCACGUCAAGGUGGUGCAGUAUCUUGUGAAGGAGGUCAACCAGUUUCCGUCAGACAUUGAGUGCAUGAGAUACAUCGCCACCAUUGCUGACAAGGAGCUGUUGAAGAAGUGUCACCAGUGCAUGGAGACCAUUGUCAAAGCGAAAGACCAGCAGGCUGCCGAGGCCAACAAGAACGCGAGCAUCCUCCUCAAGGAGCUGGACUUGGAGAAGUCUCGAGAGGAGAGCAAGAAGCAGGCCCUGGCUGCCAAGCGCGAGAAGAGGAAGGAGAAACGCAAGAAGAAGAAGGAAGAGCAGAAAAGGAAGCAGGAGGAAGAAGAGGGGCAGAAAACCAAGGAGGAGUCCUGUGACAUGCAGGAGCAGAAGGAAGACUCGGCUGAAGAAACCGAGGUUCCAAUCGAGCCUCCGAGUGCUACCACCACCACCACCAUUGGAAUUUCUGCCACUUCCACCACUUUCACUACAGCUUUUGGUAAGAAGCGAGCUAGUGUGGCCACUACUCCCAGCACCAAUCGUAAGAACAAAAAGAACAAGACCAAGGAAUCAGCCCCCAACGAACCAAUCAUAUUGCAGGAUCCACAGGUUGCACUAGCGCAGCACAAGGCUGACAAGAACAAGAUCCACGGUGAGCCACGGGGUGGGGGUGGGGGACUCACAGGUGGCAACAGCGAUUCUGACCCCCUGGAUAGCACCGACUGUGCCAGCGAGAGCAGCAGCAGUGGGGGCAAGAGUCAGGAGCUCAACUACCUCCCUGACCUCACCUCCUCCACCUCCUCCUCCUCUUCCUCCUCCUCCUCCUCUUCAGCCCCCUCCUCAGGAGCAGCCCAAUCCCAGGCCCUCCUGCCCGGCCCUGAGAAGAGACACUGUCCUCAGCCGCCGACAGACGGCAAAGUGGACAAUAAGGUCACAGUCUCCAUCUCAAAACCAACACAAAAAGCUCCUGACGCAGGUGACUCCACCUCCAACUCCUUACCCUCUCCAUUCAAGACCAUGGCUCUUCCCGUCACCUCACCCAACAGUAAACUCAGCCUCACGAGUCCAAAGAGAGGCCAGAAGAGAGAAGAAGGCUGGAAGGAGGUGGUCAGAAGAUCAAAGAAGCUUUCUGUGCCUGCCUCUGUGGUGUCUCGCAUCAUGGGACGAGGCGGCUGCAACAUCACAGCCAUCCAGGACGUGACCGGAGCUCACAUUGAUGUGGACAAACAGAAGGACAAGAACGGCGAGAGAAUGAUCACCAUAAGAGGAGGCACGGAGUCUACAAGGUAUGCAGUCCAGUUAAUCAACGCCCUCAUCCAAGACCCAGCCAAAGAGCUAGAGGAUCUGAUUCCCCGGAAUCACAUCAGAGCACCGGGCUCCAAAGCGGCCUCGGCUUCGUUCCCCAGCACCACGGGGGCCACAAGUGGUUCAACCACUGGGCCAAAGGCUCUGAGCUCGCUGGUCACCUCUACAGGCGUGUCAUUCCAGCCCUCCUCAUGCUCGUCGUCAUCCUCCUCUCAGGCCGCGGGAAAGAUUGGGAAGGGGCUGUCAUCCAACGUCAGACAGCCUUUCCCGGUGUCUUUGCCCCUGGCGUACGCCCACCCUCAGCUGGCUCUCCUGGCCGCUCAGACCAUGCACCAGAUCAGACACCCUCGUCUCCCCAUGGCGCAGUUUGGCGGCACGUUCUCUCCCGCCGCCAGCACCUGGGGGCCGUUCCCCGUGCGCCCCGUCAGUCCCGGCAGUGCUAACAGCUCCCCCAAGCACAACGGAGGAACCAGCAGCACUGGGUCGCAGGCCCGGCCCAGCUCCACCCAGAGCGAGCACAGCAGUAUAGCCAGCUCCGGAGCCCCCGUCACCACCACCGCCGCCGCCGCCGCCACCAGCGCUCCCAACGUGUCCGCGGCCGCAGCCUUGUCCCACGCCCCGAAUCCCACUCCAUACAACCCCCAGUCCAGCGCCACCACUCCUUCCUCCGUCAGAAAACAGCUCUUCGCUGCUGAUCCCAAGUCCGUUGGCGUCCCUGCCGUGUCGGUCGCCGCUGUCAGCGGAAGCAACACAGUACGAGGCACAGGCUCUCCUGCACAUCACAGUUCCACUACGACUACGACGAACGCCCCGCAGCAGCCGGUCGGUCCUGCUUCGCAGGCCGUGAUCCAGCCGACUAAAACGGAGCCGAGUGCAGUGGCCCCCCCAGGAAAAGACAAGCCGUCUCUCCCCGCAGAGAGCCAGCCCGUCUCCAUGAGCGAGAGCAUCAACUCUGUGGGCUUCACUCCCCCUGCCAUGGCUUUAGUCCCCAAGCCAGAGCCUCGACAGCAGUUACCUCCCCCGCCGUCCUCUGCGCCAUCCUCAGAAGCGCCACCAGCUCUCCUGAACGCCCAGCCCAGCUCCCACCUGCCCUCCGCGCCGCCUCCUCUCCCCUCACACAACGUUGCACACCCCAACAACACCGUGCCCCACUUCUCAGCCCCAGCACCCAGAGUCUCCCAUCGUAUGCAGCCACCAGGGCCUUACUAUUCGCUUUCUGAGCAGCAGCAGCAACAGCAGCAGCAGCAGCAGACACAGCAGCAACAGCAGUCUGUGUUUGUACCCUUCAGCGCUCAGCAAGAACCCCCAAAACAAACCCCAAACCAGACUUCCCAGCCGACAAGUUUGCCUCCACAAGCCCAGAACCAGGCUCAAGCCCAGGCGCCAGGCUCUCUUCAGGUCUCUGCUAACCUGGGCAUGAUCAACGGCUCCCAGAUACAGCAUGUGGCCGGCGCAGGCAAGCCUCAGCAGAUUCCCCCCAACUUCGGUCCCGCAGGUCUCUUCAAUUUCAGCAGCAUCUUCGACAACAACAGCCAGGUGGGAAACAGUCAGGUGUGGGGAGCAUGCCAUUUGCCUGCACGAUCGCCCCCAGAGCAGUCGUACUCGGCCCCGCAAGCGUACAUGAGCAUGGGGCAGAUGGAGAACAUGAUGCCUCCACCGCCUCCAGACAGCUCCAAAGCCCCUGGCUACCGCUCUGCGUCCCAGAGGAUGGUCAACAGCCCCAUCGCAUUGACCAGCUAUGCCACCAGUAUCUCUGGCAGCCCCGUGUACCUGCAUGGACAGACCGCCGGCACGCCGUCGUUUAACAGACAGCACUUUUCACCCCACCCAUGGAGCGCAUCCACGUCAGGUGAAUCUCCUGUCCAGCCCCCCUCCACCGUGUCAUCCUCGGCCUUGUCCACCUCGGCCGUCGUCCCGCCCCCGCAGCCCAAGCCGGGCAGCUCCUCGCAGCAGGACCGGAAGGUCCCGCCGCCGAUCGGCACGGAGAGGCUGGCCAGGAUCCGGCAGACGGGCUCGGUCAACCCGCCCCUCCUCACGACCAGCUACACCGCGUCCGUGGGACAGGGAGGCAUUUGGUCGUUCGGGGUUGGCAGCGCUUCGGAGGCCAUGUCCGGUUGGUCCCAGCCCCUGAUCGGCAGCCACAUGAUGCACCCGCAGCUGCAGGCGGAGCAGUCGGCCUUUUCUCAACACCAGCCCAUGGAGCAGGACGACACGGGCAUCGCAAACCCCGCCAACAACUACCACCAGCCCCAGCAUCUGCCCAACAGUUACAUGGACUUCCCAAAGGGGAUGCCGAUGUCAAUGUAUGGAGGAACCAUGCUGUCCCCUCAUCCUUCCAUGGCGGAGGGCCCCGGGGGGCCGAUGUACAAUGGUUUGCACGCCAGUGACCCCGCAUGGAACCCCAUCAUUAAAGUGGUCCCAAACAAUGCGGAUAACUCUGACCCACAGCAGCAGGUGUGGCCUGGCACCUGGGCACCUCAUGUGGGCAAUGUGCACCUGAACCACGUCAACUAGACGGCGUCAACAUCAAUCAAAACGCACACAGCAUGACCCACAGUGCAGACACGACAUACCAACUGACGAACACGACCGAUUGAGACAAAGAAAAUCGUAAAAGUACAACAUGUAAACUUUAGUAGAGGCCUGAAAGUGCAGAGCAGAAGUUGAAGAAUUGGAAGUUCUCUUGACGCCAUUCUUUGAUGUGCCUAUCUCUAACAAGGAAAGAGGAAAUUGGGCCAGAGUUGUUAUCAAUGUCCCAAUGAUGCAAACAAACAUGUGCGAUCACCUGUUCGACAGGAAACCAUUCUCUGCGUAGUUUAGCGAAUUUUGACUUAAACCCACGUACACCGUUCUCGGGCUGCAGGGGGCUCAACAUGAAGUAGCUAUUUAAACUUGGCCCAGAACUAGAUGAUUACCUAAAGCGAAAGAGAAAUCAGAACCUUUUAGAGUGGUAAAUACAUGUAUAAUUGUUUACAUACUAAAAAGGGUUAAAAUGAGAGUAAAUUUCAUGUCGUAUAGUGGCUCUACUUUAUGUAGCCUGUAUUAAUGUGAAAUAUUUACCUUAAUAUUCAAUAAAAAGAUUGAAAAAUA